AGCAGAUGGCAGGGAGAGUUGGUGGGCAAAGUUAGGGUAGCCAGCAGCAUACAGCUCAACCACCCUCCUCCUGAAAAGUCAUUGAACAUUUUUAUUUCAGAAGCCUAAAACAUCAUUUAGAAGUUGCUUCUCCCCCUUGCCUGCUUUAUCCAGGAGAAUUAGGGUUGGCACCUCUCAUAUCCAGCGAGGAUGUCCCAGCGACGAACAGAAGAAGACAUGUCCCAUCCAGCCAAGCCACUGAAAUCCUUCCUCAUCCAAGACAUCCUGUCACACGUAGGACCUGGGAGCAAGGAGAAGAGACCGGCUUCCCAAAAGACAGACCAAGACCUGAAUCCUGCCUUGAGGGACAGGGAGGAAAAAUGUGCUCCAGAAAAACUACAAUCAUCUUCCAAACCUGCAGAGAUCCACCACAGUCAUAUGGAAGAUGAAAAUCUGGAGGAAGACCCGGCUCAGCCAAUAUCCGAUGUGGAGCAUAAACUGACAAAGCAGCAACAGAAACGAUCCAGGGCUGCCUUCUCUCACUCCCAGGUCAUAGAGCUGGAAAGAAAGUUCUCCAGCCAGAAGUACCUGUCCGCCCCUGAGCGAGCCCAGCUUGCCAAGAGCCUGAAGCUGACAGAGACCCAAGUAAAGAUCUGGUUCCAGAACAGGAGGUACAAGACCAAGAGGAAGCAGUUGGCCACUGAUAUGGAAGACGUGGAGAAGUCUUCUGCUCACCCUGUACGGUGCAGAGACACAGACAUCAGCAGAACAUCACUCCUCAGCUUUUACCAGAACUAUCACUGCUACCCCUACAUGUAUUACCUGGCAGGGUGGCCUGCGCCUCUCUGGUGACCUCAUGCUUAGGCUACUGGGACUUUAUAAAUUAUAAUAUAUUUUUUAUAUUUUAUAACUAAUUUUGAUACCUUAAAAUCUCAGUUGUUGGGUGGUAGUCAGGGACUUGUAGCAGGGCGAAUGGCUAUUUAAUAUUUAUACCUUGCACUAAAGGACAAUGGUAAAGCCACUUACGAUUGGCUGCAAUAAGACAUUGACUUGAAAACCCCUUUUGCUUUUUAGUAGAAGAUCACAAAUCUUUAGUUCCUACACCUCUCUUGUUAAAUAAUAACUCCCAGCAUUCCCUCGCAGCUUUAUACAUGGAGGGGAUUGUGGAAGCCAAAGCUUUAAGGUCCCUGCUGGGAUUGAGAGUCAUUGCUGCAAGAGGGUCAUAAUAACAUGGUGGGAUUUAAGUAAAGGUAGAUGUCAAGGCCCCAUCACAUUGUCUACAUGACCUGAAAAUCCAAAGAUUGGCACAUGGGUAUCAAUGACAAGGACAAUCUUAUCAAGCUUUGAUCAUAUAAGUAGAUCCUCAAACCUGUUCUGUGAGCUCUGACAUUGGGGAUCUAUGGAUUAAGGGCUGCAGACCAAUUUAGUGUGAUCAUCUUAAUCUCUUUCUGAAAGGGAGGGUCGGACUGUAUUCAGUCAUUAGUUGGGUAUUCCCAGGCCAGGCUUCAUCCCUGUGCCUCCAGCCUGCUAGAUCUUUGCUGUAACCUUUGCACUUAGAAUUCUCUGCGCCUGCUGAGAUCCAUUGUUCUUGAUGCCGUAUUUCUAUAGCAAGCAGACAAGAUCUACCCUUUAAGUGGGGGUCACUUAUAAAGGAAUGAAGCUUGCAGGGAAGCAAUAAUCAAAUAAACCCAGCCGGUCCAUGGCACAUGCAGGGAUUUUAACCAGCAGAGAUGUGGCUGAAUGUGGCUGUCCUAUAAUUGAAGGUAACCCAUUGGACACUAUUCAAAUAAUUAAUAGGGCACUUCAACCAAAUAAUGAUGGUGGAGAAUGCGGGAAUGUGCCUUGCAUGUCAUGGGCCUUAUAAGCUAUAGCUAUGAUUUGGUCAGUUCAUCCUAUAUGGGCUAUAUUGUUUGGUCACAGAUAAAAUAAGCAGUAUUUCACUCUUUCACCGAAAGCAGCUUUGGGAAUGGGAAGAUAAAGGCCCUCUACUUCACCUGUGGCUUCAGCUAUUGUUGAUCUACAGCUCUCAGUGUCUGUCAUGGAUACUGGGAGAUGUAGUUCAUUAAUGUCUCAGCUGUCACUCUCCAAAAUCUCUCUUCCGCCUUAUUUCCCCCUUCUAUCCCAGAGUACUGAUUAUUUUAAUAUUUUUUAAUGCUUCAUGUGUUCUUUAGCUUACCCUUUAGCCCUUCUCACUCAUGCAUUUUGUUCUUCACUUUUCUCUUCUCUUUUUACCAGAAUGAUAACAGAGUUGACACCAACCUCUAUCUCAGAGAAUAUUGAGGAUAAAAGCGUUUAUGUACAACAUUGUGUUAUGUGCCAAUCAGCGGGGAAUUAAAUGUCUGCUAGUCAAAAACUGACUGUCAUGCUGACACUAUUUGCAAAUAAAGAUUGUAUAUAAUAAAAAAAA